AUGGCACCGUCCGAUCAUACAAUGAGCCCGAUCGCUUGGCUAUUCAUUUCCAUGUUCGCCGGAGUUAUUCUGAUUCUCGCCAUCGUUUAUCUUUUUGCGCUCAAGAUCCGUCACGACAAGAAGAAAGCAGCUGGAAAUGCAGUGGAUGACAAAGUGUUUGGGAACGUCAUCGCAAACCCCAUCACUACACAGGAACAUCUCACCAGAUCAGCUUCUUUGACAGAGCGAGUAUCAUCUGCUGCCCGCACAGUCUUGGGACUCUGA